AUGUCUUCGUUGAUCGGCCGAUCCCAAUCUACCCGCAGCAAGAACGAUGACCACAAGUCCGUUCCCAAGCACCGAUUCGCCCUCUCCUCUCUCCGUGGCAUCCAACAACCGGAGCUGUCCAAGAAGCUUUACAAGCUCAUCAAGUCGGAGAACCACGUCAUCGGCGCCUACGAGCAGGCCGGGAAAGAGUCGCAGGGUGUCGCCAGCCAGCUGAGCGACUGGGGCGAAGCCACCGAGGACGAGAGCUUGAGCGACAUCUCCGACAAGCUCGCCGUGCUGCUCUCCGAGAUCGCCGAGCAGGAGGACGUCUUCGCCCAGAAUCUCGAGGAGAGCCGUGGCACCCUGAAGCAGAUCCGCAACACCGAGUCCAGCGUGCAGCCCACUCGCAACCACAAGGCUAAGAUCCUCGACGAAAUCGCCAAGCUCAAGCAAAAGGAGCCCGAAUCCACCAAACUCGUCACCCUCGAGCAGGAGCUCGUCCGCGCCGAAGCCCAGUCCCUCGUCGCCGAGGCUCAACUCACCAACGUCACCCGCCAGAAGUUCAAGGAGGCCUACGACCUCCGCACCGCCGCCAUCAUCGAGCGCGCCGAGAAGCAGAUCCUGCUCGCCCAGCACGCCCGCGAGCUCCUCAGCCUGCUCGACGAUACGCCCAUCGUCCCCGGCGAGGACCGCCAGGCCUACGCCAACGAGCUCGCCGCCCGCGAGAUCCUCAACGACGCCGAGUCCUCCCUCCGCCACUGGACCAAGACCGCCCAACCCAUCUCUUCCUCGGAGAGCAAGCUGGGCCCGAACGCCAUGGCUUCCCACGUCGAGCCUCCCACCACCUCCUCCUCCACCGUCGCCGCCCCCGCGACCACCACCACCGCCAGCACCACCGCUGCUCCCGUCAGCACAACCGGCGCGGCCGCCACCGAGCCAGCCUUCACCGCCCCCGCGGCCGGCGCUACCACCACCGAGGUCUCGCCGCCGUACCCGACCAGCGAGGUCACCACCAACGCCGCGCUCGCAUCUUAG